AUUUGCGACUGUAAUCAAGGCGCCUCGGACGACAGGUGAUGCCCUUGAAGCCGCACCCUAGCCGGCGGUGUCCGUGAACUUCGGCGUGUGGCACUGCUGUGCAGGUUUCAGCGCUUAAGGCGUUCAUAUUCGCAGCGCACCGAGGCCGGGAACAGCAGCAGCAGCCCGGUCUAAUACGCCCACCUACACGGAGCGACACGGGAAGCGGCCCCGACUAAUAUCGAGAUGGCGAAAGCAGAGCACCGCUUCGGGCAGAGAGAUGGCUCCGACCAGAACUUUGAUUACAUGUUCAAGCUCCUCAUCAUAGGCAACAGCAGUGUAGGGAAGACCAGUUUCUUAUUCAGGUAUGCAGAUGACUCGUUCAGUAACUCGUUCGUCAGUACCGUUGGAAUCGACUUCAAAGUGAAGACAGUUUAUCGGAAUGACAAGAGAGUAAAACUACAAAUCUGGGAUACAGCAGGCCAGGAACGCUACAGGACCAUCACCACGGCCUACUACAGAGGAGCCAUGGGCUUCAUCCUCAUGUAUGACAUCACCAACGAGGAGUCUUUUAAUGCGGUGCAGGACUGGGCAACCCAAAUUAAGACCUACUCAUGGGACAACGCACAGGUGAUUUUAGUGGGGAAUAAGUGCGACAUGGAUGAUGAGAGAGUUGUACCUGUGGAGAAAGGCAAGCAUUUGGCUGAUCAGUUAGGGUUUGAGUACUACGAGGCGAGCGCCAAGGAGAACAUCAACGUCAGACAAGUGUUUGAGCGCCUGGUCGACAUCAUCUGUGUGAAGAUGUCUGAGCGGGUGGAUGCAGACCCGUCCAUGGUCACCGGAGCAAAGACCACCCGGCUUAAUGACAACCCCCCCCAGCUACCUCAGAAUUGUUGCUGAUGUAACCAUGUUAUCCUGCUGUCAUGCACUGACCCAUCAUCCUGCCCCCACCGCUUCACACCCCUGCCCCUUGGCCACUUUCCAUUCUCAUUUCACGUGCAUUAACGUGGACUUUCUUCCUGUUAUAUGUACUACUGGUAAGCAGCUACUUUACUGUUAUUGCUAUGCCAUUGGUUUGACUGCAUCUCUCAGACUGGAUCAGAGUGAAGUCAAAACGGGGACUAGAGCAAAGCACAAAAACCGCUUCUCUGCUGGACACGUUCACUGCCACAAACAGACCCAGGCCUCUCAUGUGUAAAUCAGACGUCCACAGGCGUGUUACUAUAGCAUAAUCAGUGCUUUACAGAUUGGUGUAGCUUCACUUAACGUGUAUACAAUCUCUUUGCUCCUUCUCCUUAAUUGUUGCUCAGUAAAAAGGCACAAGUGUAACCUCAACUCAGACAAUUGCAGAAUGGCCAUAACAACUGUAUAUUAUGCAAAAUAAUGGCCAAUUCUGUUCUGGUGGCCAGUAUAAACAUGAUUGAUCAGGGUGGUUUCGAUGCUCUGCCUUUUAAGUUGUGCAGAACCACUGGCUGUUGGGUUACUUCUAAUAUCUACAAUGGGCACGAUUGCGUGUGUCAGAAUAUACGGAGCACUUUGCAAAUGAGCACUGUUCAAUAUAUUGUGAUGUAAAGGUAGCUUAGCACUUGCGUGAGUCAAGAUAAAUAGCCUAUGUCUUACAAAAACAAAAGUUAAAUGCAAUUUGUUCUAUUUAUUUAAAAGUGAGUAUUCUGUUGUGGAAUAUAUAUAAUUGAGCAUUCUGUGAGUAUAAUUAAUUGUACACUAACUAUAUUCAGCUGUCAGGUGAUAUUCAGGUUGUUAUUGCACAUAUUUACGCUUCACUGAAUACUUACACAGGCAACAAAUUUGAAGAGGAAUUACCAACUUUAGAGAUGCCAGUAUAUGUUGAGUAUAUUGUAAAACUUGUGCACAAUUUAUUUCUGUUUCAGAAACGUAGCAAUUUGGUGUGGAGUUAAACAUGUAUCACAUACAGUGAGUUUUUAAUCAAGUGAUGUUAGAUAUUUAUGACUGAUGUUUUAUGUAACUACUAUGACAUUUAUUUCAAAUGAAACAUUUAUAAUUGAGACAUUAUAGCGCAUCAGACUGUCCUUGCUGAGUAGAUAUUUAUUUUUACCUUGCUGCAGCCUAUACUGGUAACAUACAGACUUUUGACUGGUAGACAGUUUGCACAGGGGCAUAAAGUGAUUGUACAGAUCAUUGUAAAAGUCAGUUUUAGAUGCAAUUUGUAACAAUAAAAGUAACAAUCACAA